AAAGUCGUCUGUUUUCAGGUCAGCUGGCUUCUAGUGUGAGCUGAAACGCAGGUUGGCCAGGAAAGAAAAUAUAGAAGACCGGCUAGCUCGGAGCCGGUUUGUGGAGGCCGCCAUCUUGAACUUGGGCCGGCAGGAAGUGGAGUUGGCAACUCGGCACCCUCUUCGGUGAGGUUAUUACCUGGAUAACGAGCCCGACACCUGAGACUACAGGUGUGUAAGUUAGGGAUGUGGCAGGCCACCUGGCUGUACCUGUAUCUCACCUGGAUCAGACCCAUGAUCAAAUGGCUACUCAGGAAGAUACUAGGCACCUGCGAGCUGCAGCGCAUCUGUCGAGGGUAUGGGGGUGCUGCUAGGACUAAGAGAGUCGAAAAAUCUUUGAAGCUGUCGAAAUACCAGGUACUGUAUGUAUUCUGGAAUUUUCAGUGUACAGUCCUGCAGGAGAUUACCCAUGGAGGUGCAGAAUGUGACGUAGACCAGACAGUGCAGGGCAUCAUACAGAUCAAGGGUGUCAGUCAGCAGAAAGAUCCACAAUUUGCUCCGUCCCUGCGAGGGUGUCUGGUACAGAUCCGUGGGUACCAGGAGCUGAUACAUGAGGUGGAGGGGGUGAGGGCAGAGGCGUACUCCUCAGACAACCAGGAACACGAGAAUAUGCUGCUACAGCUUUGGGACCACCUGAUGCCUGACACCAGCCUGGAGUCCCGCAUCACCAAACAGUGGGGCGACAUCGGUUUCCAGGGAGACGACCCCAGGACGGACUUCAGGGGCAUGGGUAUGCUUGGGCUACACAACCUGUUUUUCUUUGCUGACCAGCAGACGGAGUUGGCCAGACAAGUGCUGCAGCAUUCCCAUCAUCCUCAGUACGGUUACUCCUUUGCGAUUGUCGGUAUAAACAUCACGAGCCUGACCUACUCACUCCUGGUGAGAGGGAAACUUCGGACACACUUCUACAACUUCCCCAGUCCGCCCAAACUCAGCCACUUCCACCUGCUCUACUGUGAGUACCCACACUUCUACAACUUCCCCAGCCCUCCCAAACUCAACCACUUCCACCUGCUGUACUGCCACCUCCUGGUUGAGUUUGACAAGUUCUGGCUGGCGGAGAAGCCGCGUGACGUGAUGGAGUUCACCAGGAUACGCAACAAGUUCGAGAAGAAGCUGCUCUCUCUGCUGAGGGAUGACUCAACUGUGCUCCGGGGUAGCUUUGUGGAGAAGGGAGAACAAUCGUAGUGACUCCACUGUGCUUCAAUCGUGGUGACUCCACUGUGCUCCGGGGGAGCUUUGUGGAGAAGGGAGAACAAUCGUAGUGACUCCACUGUGCUUCAAUCGUGGUGACUCCACUGUGCUCCGAGGGAGCUUUGUGGAGAAGGGAGAACAAUCGUAGUGAAGACAAGUGUGGUAGAAACACAAAGAAUUGGACUCAACUAAAUCUAAAAUACAUCUCCAGUCUUUGUCACUAUUUAAUUUUUUUUAGUGUAAAGGGAAGCAUUUCCUUAAUGGAGAACAGUGAUUUUCUCUGUAACGUCUCCCCUAUCCUAGCUGUACUUAUGUCAACUCCUGUGUCAGCGUUCUGCUCUGUCAAAACUCCCUUCUCCCUUCUUACGACCUCCAGUUGACCUUGAAGACAUUUGAAGACCAGCCACAAGAGUUGGAGCUGAGUUUCUGUCAUGUAGUCAUGUUUGCAGCAUACAAUAAGGGCAGUCGAGGAUCAUGGACCAAGAAAGUUGUGGGCAUACUGAAAAAAUUGGGGCAGAAAAGUAGAAUAAAUUUUAUCAAUAGUCUUUCUUCUAAAAUUGUAGAAGAAACCUGCCUUUAAGUUUAAGGGAAGCAUCUCCACAUUGGAGAGCAAUUACGUCUAGAAUUAUGCUUUUAUUAAAUAGAUGUAUAUGAUUUGGCACAUAUUUAUCAUGUAAAUGUGAUGUUUUAGAUGAAAAUGUGGCCUAUUGACAUACAACUUUGUUAUAUGAGAUGUCAGCGUAAUAUUUGUAUUGUUACCUACAGGAUGUGGCUCACACACUAAGUCAUUAUAAGUUUUGAUUCUAAAGAAGGUGACAGUGGUCGUCGAAAAUUAGAUCCGUGUAUACAUACCUUUCUGUUGGAAGAAAGUUUAUAGCAUUGUACUAAGUCAUUGUAAGUUGUUUGGUUUUCUGUUACCAAAGUCCUCUUGUGUUGUGUUGAUCAGGAUAAGGAAGAAAAGUAUCUUUGUCCUGUGCAGUGCCUAGGCCUGAUUGUACGUACAGAAUUAUCGACAAGAAUCCAAAGGCCGAAUUGUUGCCCAAAUUAAAUAUUUAUAACUAGAUUACAUGGCACCUGUGUGAGUCAGACUGUUAAUGGAACCACAGAUCAUGUUUCUGUACAAGUAUUCUUCCCACAACUGAAUAGACAUUGUCAAAACAA